CUCAUUUCCGCCGAUCCCCUGCAGCUCUGCUCUCCACGCGCACGGAUCCCCCGCGCUCUGCUCUCCAAUCCCCGAAUCGCGCGUGCCGGUCGCCGAUCAUGUCGGCGGCGAGCCGCAAGCGCGCGGCGGCGGCGGCGGAUCAAGAACCGCGCGUCGACGGAGGCAACAAGAAGCGGCCUCGGUACGCGUUCGGGAGCAUCUACGACUACGAGAAGCUCGAAGUGCUCGGCGAGGGCGCCUACGGCCAGGUUCUCAUGGCGCGCGACCGCCGCAGCGGCAAGAAAGUCGCCGUGAAGUGGAUCCGCGGCUGUGGGGAUGGCGGCCACGGCCCGCCGGACUUCCGCGCGCUGAUCCGUGAGGCCGGAUUGCAAGCCGCGUGCCGUGGCCACCCGUCGAUCGUCGAGAUCCUGGACGUGGUAGGGGAUGCCAAGACUGGUGAUAUGUUCAUCGUCAUGGAGCUCGUGGCCGGCGGCCGCAGCCUCCGCGAGGAAAUCUGGAGGCCCUUGUCCGAGCACGUGACCCGCGUGAUGAUGCGGCAGCUCGUGGACGCGGCCAAGAAGAUCCACGGAGCCGGAAUCAUCCAUCGGGAUAUCAAGCCGGAGAACGUCCUCGUGGGCAUGUUCGGCGGGCUGAAAGUUUGCGACUUUGGUGCGGCGACGAGGCAGAAGCCGGCCGGGGUGCCGUACGAGGAUUCCCGCGUCGGGACGAUGAUCUACACAUCGCCGGAGCAGCUCGCUGGCAACCGGAACUACGGCACUGCCGUGGACAUGUGGGCACUUGGGUGCGUGAUGGCGGAGCUCCUGGGCGGCGAGACCCUGUUCGAGGCGGAGUCAGAGAAAGACAUGCUCGCAGAGGUGUCCAAGCUUCGAGAGCAGAUCGAAUCCACGGGGAAGCUGGACAGGGAGUGGUUUGCGGAGCUCUCGGAGCCCGGGCGCGAGGUCCUGAUGGGCAUGCUUGCCUUCUGCCCGGAGGAGAGGCUCACGGCGGCUCAAGUGCUGGAGCACCGGUGGUUCAGCAAGUCCUCUGUUUCCGCCUGAGCAGAGCAUCCUGGCUUUUGUCACUUUGUUCAGUUAGGUCAUUACUGUUACUCCGUAGCUUGUUUAGUUGAUACUCUACUUGACAGGUGUAGUAGUCCUCCAUGGUUCUGAAUACUGCAUUGCAUUGCAGUGCCCUCAUCGAGUCUAACCUUAUUCUUUCAUGUAGAUGCUAUUACUUACGUAAGCUUAAUUAGUUGCUAGGAAGCCAGGAACCAGUUCUGGUUACCUCGUCAUGUAAUUCUUUAUACAAUCAGUGUAGCCUGGAAUUAGUUAAUGUAAAGAUGAUUUUGUUGAA